GCAGAGAGACGGCGGCGCUCUGUCCUGGAAACAAACCCUGUCGCCAUGACACCAAGGAGGUUCGAUUCCUGAAAACCAGCUGCCACGACUUCCUGAGCUCCGGGCUGAAGUACCAGCACCUCAGUCCUCCAUCGCCAGAGAUCGACUACAUCCCCAUCAGGGUGGAGCUGAGGGAGCAGAGCACACGGGCCCUGCUGGAGUCGGAGGCGGUGUGGUUGCCAGUUUUGAUCCACGGUGCGAUGCAGAACCAGCCGCCCCAGGCCGGCUUCAUGGCCUCCUUCAUCCUGGAGGUGGACCAGUUCAUCCUCACCCCGCUCACCACCGCCGCCCUGGACGCCAAAGACCACGAGACGCCACAGGAGAGGUUGGUUUUCAACGUGACCGUCCCGCCCCUCGAGGGCUACGUCACCCACCUGGAUGACCACACCAAGCCUGUCGGGUCUUUCACCUGGCUGGACCUCCACGAGAUGAAGGUGGGCUACCAGCCGCCCAACAGCAGCCAAUCACAUCGCAGGAACUACGAGGUGGAGUUCCAGGUUAUAGACGGCUCCUAUAUGACCAGCCCACCCAUCAUGGUGCACAUCUCCAUCAGGGCGGCUGAAACCAACGCACCCAGAGUCUCCUGGAACAUGGGUCUGGAUCUGUUGGAGGGUCAGUCUCGACCAAUCACCUGGGAGGAGCUGCAGAUCGUCGACAACGACAACAUCGAUGGUGUCCACCUGGUGGCGGUGGAUGGUCCCCUGCACGGCCGUCUCAGUGUCAGAG